CUGCCAAAGAGCCGGGAUGUCCCAGACUGGCACAGGAGUUCCUGUCAUGGACAGAGUGGGAGCUUCAGCAAAAGCUUUGUUUCUUUAUUGGAGAAACUCCUGCUGAGUCAUGAGGUGGAAAAAUGGCUUUGAUUUUGGUUACAGGUAUCUCCUCUAACUCAUCACUGUCUUUUUCCACAGGGCAGAAGCCAAUGCCCAGCCACAGCCAAUGUCCAACAGCAGCUCCAUCAGCCACUUCCUCCUGCUGGCACUGGCAGGCACGUGGCAGCUGCAGCUCCUGCACUUCUGCCUCUCCCUGGCCAUCUCCCUGGCUGCCCUCCUGGGCAACGGCCUCAUCAUCAGCGCCGGAGCCUGCGGCCACCACCUGCACACGCCCAUGUUCUUCUUCCUGCUCAACCUGGCCCUCAGCCACCUGGGCUCCAUCUGCACCGCUGUCCCCAAAGCCAUGCACAAUUCCCUCUGGGACACCAGGACCAGCUCCUAUACAGGAUGUGCAGUCCAACUAUUUUUUUCUGUCUUUUUCAUUUCAGCAGAGUUCUCCCUUCUGACCAUCAUGUGCUACGACCGCUACAUGCCCAUCUGCAAAGCUCUGCACUACGGGACCCUCCUGGGCAGCAGAGCUUGUGCCCACAUGGCAGCAGCUGCCUGGGCCAGUGGCUUUCUCUUUCCACUGCUGCACCCAGCCAAUACAUUUUCCCUGCCCCUUUGCCAGGACAAUGCCCUAGGCUACUUCUUCUGUGAAAUCCCUCAGAUCCUCAAGCUCACGUGCUCCACAUCCUAUCUCAGGGAACUUGGGUUCAUUGCAGUUAGUGCCUGUUUAGGACUCGGAUGUUUUGUGUUCAUUGUUUUCUUCUAUGUGCAGAUCCUCAGCGCCGUGCUGAGGAUCCCCUCUGAGCAGGGACAGCACAAAGCCUUUUCCACCAGCCUCCCUCCCCUGGCCAUGCUCUCCCUGUUUGUCACCACUGGCACAUUUGUCUGCCUGAAGCCCCUCUCCAUCUCCUCCCCAUCCAUGGAACUGGCACUGUCAGUUCUGUACUCGGUGGUGCCUCCAGCCCUGAACCCCCUCAUCUACAGCCUGAGGAACCAGGAGCUCAAGGCUGCAGUGUGGACACUGAUGACUGGAUGAUUUCA